UUUCGACGGAGGGGAACGCUAUUAAAAUAUCUACAAACAUUAUCUUUAAUUGGGCUGAAUUUUGCGCUUGUGUGCGCGGGUUUUUUUUCAGUGUCGCUUUUUUCCGAGUUGAUCACUGUUAUCAGUUUUGUUUAGUGCGGUUUGUGUUGUGAGCGAAAAUGACAUCAGUGACGUGACAGUUCGAGAAAAUCGCCAAUUCGCGGUUCGCGCUUGAAAAAUCGUUAAAAAUGACACGUGCCACAUAAUAGUGAUGCGAUUAAGAGUAAUUAUCGCAGUACCGUUCGUCUUGAUUGCCUACAAUUAACCAAUAACCAUCUCUGAACCGUGACCCCUUCGAUUUCCAAACGUGUUUUUCGACGUUUCACUUUUUCCGAAUUGGAUUUUUACGGUUUUUUUUUCUGUGUUCAGAAACAGUGCGUUCGGGAUUUAGAGAACAUAGUGUGACUGUGCCCUAAAAUUUUUGUGGAAAAGUGAUGCUGUGUGCCGUCUGAUUUUUUGAUUUUUUCCGCUAAACAAGCGGUCACCCCGGGCCCCCACAAACCCUCAAAAUUACCCGAAUCCAGUCCCCAAAACCCACCCUGAGUUUCUCAGAUCCUUUCGGGCCUCCCACGUCCACAGACGCGGGGGGCCCUCCCACCCCACAACCCGCUAUGACCACCCAGGAGCUAGAUCAUCACCACCACCUGGGGUCCCAAACCCCCCACGACCCGAAUUCCGCCAACUCGACGCCGACUAACUCAUCAAAAUCGGCUUUUAUUGAGCUUCAGCAGCAUGGAUACGGGUUUAAGGGGGGUUACCAGCAUCCCCACCAUUUUGGGAGUCCUGGGGGUCAGCAGAAUCCCCAUGAGGCAUCAGGGUUCCCAAGUCCGCGGUCGUUGGGGUAUCCCUUUCCUCCUAUGCAUCAGAAUACGUACGGGUAUCAUUUGGGGUCGUAUGCGCCGCAAUGCUCAAGUCCGCCUAAAGAUGAAAAAUGCGGCCUCAGCGACGACCCAGGCCUCCGAGUGAACGGCAAAGGCAAGAAGAUGCGGAAACCGCGCACUAUCUACAGCAGCCUACAGCUCCAGCAGUUGAACCGCCGGUUCCAGCGCACGCAGUACCUCGCGCUGCCCGAGCGCGCCGAGCUGGCCGCUAGCCUGGGCCUUACGCAGACACAGGUGAAGAUCUGGUUCCAAAACCGGCGCAGCAAAUACAAGAAGAUGAUGAAGGCGGCACAGGUCGGGGCUCCGCCGCCGGGGCUAGGGCUCCCGCCCGCCAGCCCGCCUAGCAACAACCAACUAUUACAUGGCGGCGGUGGCAGUUCCUCUGGCUCCCAGCACUCCCCCGGCGCGUACGCAGGCGCUGCGCAAGCGCACUCCCCCACCCCGAGUUCCACCCCCGUUUCAGAGCUGUCUCCUGGACUAUCACCAACGGGGACGCCGUGGGACGUGAAGCAACCGCCACAACCAAAUUGGGACGUUAAGCCGUCAGCAGGACGGUCGCCGGACGGUGCGUCGUGUGACGUUAAGCCACCUCACCAGCAGUCAUGGGACCCGAGGGUCGGAUAUGGCGCGCCGCCCGGCCCGUGGGACAUGAAAGGCGCGCACGCUCACGCUCUCCACCACCAGGGGGCGCCACAACCGCACCCCCCCUACGUGCCCCAGUACUCCUGGUACCAAACUGACGCGAACCCUGGACUUUUGACUCCGAUGCAGUUGCAGUAUUACUCGAACUAUUGCUGACAGUAACUCGACACAUCUGACGAUGCUGAUAUUCAAAUAGGGUAUGGCCUGCAGUGUAACAGCUCUCUGGCAACGUAAGUCCACGAUAGUGAAAUUCAAAAUGGCGAACGCCACAAAAUGGCGGACUUACCUGUCAAGUUGAAAUGACAGCCAUGUCAUUUUUAACGCACAAGAGCUGUAUGUGAAUUACUUGUAUCGGCACAACCAACUCUAACUUUAAGAGAAUUAUUUAAUAAAAUCAACUAAAAUCAUUGUAAAUUUUUAUAAUUAACUAAAAAUAAGAUGUAAUUGUUAAAAAAAGGUUAUUUGUACAUGUUAUAGGACAAUUGUGUUUUUACUACAAUUUUUGCGUUUUGGAGUUUUUAUUUAUUUUGUCUUGCGUCAAAUAUAAGAAAUAAUAGUUCCUAUUAUCAAAUGCCAUUUUAUUUUGGAAAUAAAUAAAAACUUUUUUAUAAGUUUUUAAUGCUUUUAAAUAUCAAGCUAAAGAUUUAUUUUCAUAUUUGACGUUUGCAAAAGUGUCGAAAUUGUAGGAAAAAUGCAAAAAUUGGAGAUGUGACAGAUUCUGAUGUGUCUUUAAAACUAUUCCAAUUUAUUUUAUUCCCUCCAAGAUUUUACCAAGAAUUAAUUGUUUUUAAGAACACUCAAUUUCAAUGCAAUAUUUUGUAAUUUAAAUCCUGCAUCAAGAAUAAUAACAUUUCAAUCUAUUUCGCAGUAUAUUAUGUAUAAUUAUUUUUUAUUACUCUAAAAUCUAAAUUGAGCAUUGAAAAAUUAUAAAUUCCUGCACUUAAUUCUAUGAUAAUGCUCUAAUUUUGAACAAAAACUGUGACGUUCUUUAUUAAAAGCUACUAUAUUCUCGUUUACCAUAAAGAAGAUAUUUGCUCGUGUUUUCAUACGAAUUACCAGUUAGAGCGUCCUUAUGUAUAAUCGACAAUGUGGUGCAGUUAAGGUGUUAAAUAUAGAUACGGACAAAGUGCAAAAAAUAUGUAUACACGAUUUUAUUGCUUAUAAGUUAGAGAUGUGGAUAUAUUUUGGCAAUUUGUCCGUGUCUAUAUUUAAUGCUUUUACUUUACUUUUUUAUCGUGAACGGCAUAAAUGAGCUUUAAUACAUUUUUUAUUUAUAUAAAGAAUCCAUUGAACACAAACCAGUCUGUUGUGAUAAAUAAUUUUAAGUUUUUUUUUUUAUAGAACAAUAUUGUUUUGAUCUAAAAUUAAUUAAUUUAUUACAGUGUUUGUGCAAAAAUUGUGUUCUGAAUGCAACCUUUUUAUUUAAGCUAUAAAUUUUAUUUUUAAUUUCUACUGCAAUUUCAAUAUUUUAGUCUAUUCAAAAAAAAAUCCAAUAUUCACGCUAGAAUAGUAAAAAAAGUUUUUAUCGAGAAAUAAAAUCAUGUAGGUAAUUUCAAUUGCUCAAUAAUUUCAAUAUUUUUAUGCAAAAUACAUAUUUAUAUUUUUAAAAUAUCUGUUAGGCAAUUAUUAUAUGUCGUAUAUUAAAAUUAAACAUGUACAUAAUAAAAAAUGAUGUGUUCUUAUAUUUUAAAAAUAUAAAUGUGUGUUUUAUAUUUUGAAUGGACUAAAAUAUUUUAUUAUAUAUGGGACAUUACGGGGAGAAAAUGUAAAUAUAUUUUGUAUUAUAUAGAGAAAAGUAUACAUAUAAAUAUAAGUAGAUAGUUUAAUUACUUUAUAACUACUGUAUUAUAAGGAAAGUGGAAUAAGAAAAAAGUGAAUUAAUUUCUUUUGUCAAAAUAAAAAGA